AUGUCGCGAGGAAUGCGCGUUGAAUUAACAACGGUUCAUCUUUUCUCAGAAAUGUUAAGCUGCGCGUCACCCGCCGGCAUGACGCCCGCGCCUCAUUCCGCUCAUCCCCAGCCUUGGGGACCAUUAAUUCAACCACCUGCAGUGAAAUCCGAACCAAUGGACGAUACAAGCUUCGCUAAAGAGCAACACAGCGGUUUCUACUCUGAAGGAUUCCACAGCGCAUCACCAUCAUCAUCUAGCAAGGACUCAAACGGACACUCGCCGCGCAGUGUCGGCAGUUCAGGCGAGCCCUUACCUUUCUAUGAUACUAUGCCACUUAAGGCAAAGGCUAAUUUGGGUAUGCACUUAGAUGCUUACCGCAGCGGGAUGCCUUAUAAUUUAUUGACGCCACCAGGGUUCGAUCCACGGACUAAUGACGGCCCAGAACCGUCCUCAGGUUUCGAAAACUCAUAUUCGCCACGAUCUCUGGCUCCACCCGCACAUGUGUCUACUCCGCUACCUCGUGCGGAUGCUACGCCUCCUAAAUCUCCAAGAACACCUGCGUCUCCGGAUCGGGAUAACGAAAGAAGAUCUUUCGACCGUUUUCAAGAUUCCGGCUUUGACGCGCAAGGAAAACAAGAUGGUGACGACGGCCGCGACGGCUCCGGCCUCGAGGACGACUUUGAUGAGGAACCUGGCCUCCGUGUUCCAUCCGUUAACUCCCAUGGAAAAGUCAAAACUUUCAAAUGUAAACAAUGUGAAUUUAUGGCUGUUACUAAGCUCAGCUUUUGGGAACAUAGCAAAGAGCACAUCAAACCAGAGAAAAUGCUGUGCUGCCGGAAAUGUCCUUUUGUUACUGAAUAUAAACAUCAUCUGGAAUACCACAUGAGGAACCACAUGGGAUCCAAACCUUUCCAAUGUAGUCAGUGCUCAUAUUCAUGCGUCAAUAAGUCGAUGCUUAAUUCGCACCUGAAGUCGCACUCAAAUAUCUACCAGUAUCGCUGCGCAGACUGCAACUACGCAACGAAGUACUGCCAUUCCUUGAAACUGCACCUUCGAAAAUAUCAACACAACCCGGCUAUGGUGUUAAACUUGGACGGCACACCAAACCCACUACCUAUAAUCGACGUAUAUGGAACGCGACGUGGUCCAAAACAGAAACCGAUCUCCAAAAUGUUUGAGCAGCAACAAACAAUGAAUAACAGCAAUCUUCCACAACCUCCGCCAACACAUCCACUGUUCGGCAGCCACUUUCCCGUCAACUUACCUAAUUUGCCUUAUUUACCGCCACUUUUGCCUCAUUCCUUUCUUUUUCCGCAUAACAAUAACUAUGAGCCUAAAACGCCCCCAAAACAUACGGAGACAGUCGAAAAGUUGCAAAACCCGUCACCACCUCCAUCUUUACUGCACCAGCGACUAUCUUAUGGAGAGCGAAUGGAUACAAACUUGGCAUCGCCUCCAGCAAAAUCACCAUUAAGUCAGCCACGGACGCCUCCCGCUCGGAGUAUGUCUCCAGCAGCUACUAACGAUGCCCUAGAUCUCACAAAUACAAAGACAAGUGACGCUGGAUCACCCCCACCUAAUAGCGAGCGCUCAACGCCAGCGACGCCUACAACAAGUCUUAAGAACAGGAGAAAAGGUCCGGCGUUCAAGUUGCAACCGGCAGCACUGCGGCUGCAGCAUGAAGAUGACAAACAAAAUCUACGAGCGUCAGAAUCUGAUUCAGAAGAAGAGUCUCCAUCGACAACCGCUUCUAAUACCUACACCUGCCAAUACUGCGACAUUACUUUUGGUGAUCUGACAAUGCACACCAUUCAUAUGGGUUUCCAUGGUUACAACGACCCGUUCAUGUGUAACAAAUGCGGUGAACGCAGCGCGGACCGGGUAGCGUUUUUCAUCCAUCUUGGGCGCGCUCAACACGCCUAG